UUUUGAUGUAAGCAAGUAUUUUUUUUAUGUUAUCAAAAUUAUCAAAAUUAUCUAAAUCAGUAAAUCCUCGAAGAUUUAUGAAACAUAAUGUAAUCGAGAUAUUAUUCGUAGAAUUGACGAAGAAGUUUAUUAAUUUAAAUGGAUGCUGAAUGUGUAAAGAAAGAAUGCUGUCUGGAUUGUCGCAUAUGCCUUAACUCAUUCAACUCACCCGAGGAAUUCGCCGAUCAUCUGAGAACUAGUCACUGUUCUCAAGAAGGUGGUUCUUUUGUUUGCUUGUAUGGAGAAAAUCGAGUUUGCCCAUCGUUACCAGUCGAAGGUGUUAGUGACGCGGAUUAUGAAAGACAUAUUUAUAAACAUCACAUAUACAUUCGCAGUAAAUAUCAACGUCACAAAAGGCAAGCCAGCGUUAUGUCGACUUGCUCAGAUCAAUCAUUAGAUGACAAAUGGAAUGUUUAUUCGGCUUCGCAGAAUUUAGCUGCCGUUUUGAACAAUCCGCAUAAAAUUAAACAAAAAGACUUUUUUACCAAGCUGUGGGGUGAAGGAUUCAUCGAAGUUAGUCAUGUUCCUGAUCCGCCUUAUUUACCAACUAUUACGAAACAACAUUUCGACCCAUAUCUCAAGAAGUUGUUAAAGAGAUACCGCAGACGAUCAAAGUUACCAAAAAAUCGAUCAAAUGAUCCAUCACAAGUUGAAAUAUCACCAAGUUUGUCAUCAUCGAAAUUACAAUCUCUAGAAAAAUUAACCUUCGAAGUACCUGAUAUAUUUUUAAAAAGUAAAUUCGAUCUAAGUUGCGCGGAUACGUUUAAUUUCGUAUUUCCGCAUAUCGCAGAAUGCAUAAGACCGGAGCAGUCGUCGACGGAAAUCGUUCCUGGUAAAACUAACAGUCCAUCGAAUAGACCAAAAUUAUUACAAGAAAGACUAACUCAUUAUCUGGAUAUGGUCGAAGUUCAAAUCGCUAAACAAGUAUCGUCGAAAUCGGAUGCUUUUUUUCAUACGAUGACUUCGCACGAUGCUUUAAUGGAAAAUUUAGGACAAACUAUUACGAAAGUGCGAACCUUGAGAGGUAAAAUUCAAAGUAUCGAUAAAAGUCUAGUCACAGAUUCGUUGAAAAUAUUGAAAGGAAUCAGAUCUCGUAAUAAUUAUUGUCUAGUCUUGCGCAAGCUGAAAAUAAUGGCUACCGUUUACCAGACUCAACCUACCGUCAAGUUAUUGUUAUCAACUCCGGAUUACGUGGCAGCUCUGGAUUUAAUCUACACUACUAAACAUUUGCUGAAUAAUGAACUAGCUGGAAUACAUUGUUUCAGACAUUUAUCUUCGGAAUUGAACGAGGUAAUCAAAAUGAUCGACGCAUUGAUGACCGGUGAAAUGGAACGAUACGCGACGACCGAUUUAAACAGACCUCUUUUGGAAUCUGAAAUUCAAACUAUUGAAAAAGAUAAAUUAUUAUGCAUAAUUAUGGGUAUGUUGAGAAGGCAGUGUUUCUCUUUCGUGGACUGCUACUGGCGUGAAUCUUACGCCACUAUCAAAGCGACCAUUAAACAAGCAGUCAUAGAAAUCGUGGCUGAAAGUGAUUCGCCGAUUAUCAGAAAUGGAAACGAGCACCUGAACGAUGCUCUAACGUUAGACGAACAAUUGAAAUUACUAACUGUUGAAGAAUGGGUCGCUCUUCUACAUAAUACCGCCACUUCUUUGAUCGUUUUACUGAAAAGGAUUAAAAGUGCUUACGAUGUAAUGGUGAAAGCUGUACGAAUAUGUACCGAUAACAUUAGCAGCAGCUCGUCUGAUGAUGGUUCCCUUUCCUCUCAGAAAGAAUCUAUAAUUACCCACGAAUCUGAGUAUUUCUUGGACGAAGAAAAUUUGAAAAUUAUUAAAAAUAAAUUAUCGCAUUUGAUUACCUCUGCUUGCCAAUAUGUUUCCGAACGAUAUGCUCAUCUUCUAUCCAAAAGAUCCUUAACUGAUAACGUUGACAAGAUGAAUGGAAAGCAAAGUAACGCAUUUAAAACAACCACAGCAACGAACUGGCUCGCAGAACAAGCUACCUUGGGCCAACUAAACCAAGUCAGAAAAUACGUAGAUGAAUUAUACGACGCUUGCUUGUCGUUGAAUCCUAAUGAUAAUGUUCCUAUGGCGCUGAAAUCAGCAUUCAAAACCGAAGCUACCAAGUUCAUGAAGAAAUUCCACGAAGACCGAUUGAAAAAGAUUGAUAUGAUUUUAGAUACCGAAAGUUGGAGAGAAGCUCAAGUUCCUGUUGAAUUUCAAUCUUUAGUUAAUCAAAUUAUCGAAUUAGGUAAAUUCACAACUUAUAAAGUCGAUACGAAAUCUAACAUUUCAAAUAAACCAGCCGAUAUUUUAUACAUUGGGAAGGAAAAAUUUGUAGUGAUUGGCACGGUUUUAAUGCUGAUCAACGUUAUAUCAGAAUAUUGCGUCAGAGCUGAAGACAUCACACUCUCGGCUCAAUGCCUGCUGCGUUAUUUAGCUGAAUUAUUGCAACUAUUUAAUCGAAAAAGUUGUAAAUUAGUUCUGGGAGGUGAAGCAUUAUCCGAAAGAACCGGAUUAAAGAAAAUCACCAGCUCAAAUUUAGCUCUGCUGAUGAGAGCAUUACAAUUGCUGUUGAAAUUGGUGCCACAAAUCAAAAACCAUUUUCGAAAUUUGUUACCGCCGGAUUCGCAACAGACGAUCAGCUGCUUAGAUCGAGUUUCCGAUGAACUUCACUUACACGUCAAAGACAUAAGUGUAAAAAUGUUAUCAAUUCCGUCGCAAAUAAUUGCCACCGAGUUGAAAAACUGGGAAGCCAAGCCCCCUGUGCCGUCCAAAGCUUUUCAAAAUUUAUCGAAAACCUUGAAAAAAAUGCACGAAGUUAUUUCCGGUAUUUUGACUGAUAACGACGUACACGAUUUGUAUAGGAAAAUAAACGUCAAGUUUAAAGAAGUUUUAAGAGAACGGAUCGUGAAAAUGAAUAUUGUCAAUGAUGGGGGACCACAGCAUGGCGUCGUAACAACCGAAUUAUUUUUUUACCUUCAAGAUCUGAAGAAAAUCGGCGCAUUACCUGAAAACGAAUUGAUUGAAUCUUCAAUGAACGAUUUAUGGUCUUGAAGAAAAUCCAAAUCCCCCUUUAUAAUAGUUUCUCGUUAAUUAUUUUUAAUCUAGUUCUAUUCGCUGUAUUUUUUUUUUUUUUUUUUUCAAAGACUGCAUCUGCUACGAAAUGAGCAGUCGAUGUUACGUAAUCGUUAACUAAUAAGUAUAGUUUUUUCUCGCCGUAAAAUGCAAAAAAAGAAAAAAAAUUCUUAUGUGAUACGCUAUUUAUUAUCAUUGUUGUUGUUAUCGUUUUUCGUUCGUUUUGUUUUUGUUUUCUUAUAUAUUUCAUUUUUUUCCCAUUAUUUAUUUUUCUUUUUCGAAAGCAUCUGUGAUUCAAUCGGUUUUAGUUGAAUAUUUUAUUUAUUUUCGCGUGUAUUAAUUGUGUUCUCGUACUCGUCUAUUUAAUUCGCGCAGUAAGUAAUUACGAAUUUUUAGAUUUAAAUUUACGUAAUUUUAAUUCUCGUGCCUGAAUAGUUUACAAUAUGGAAUUGAAAAUUAUUGUCGAUUCUUGAAACGUGCAAUAGAAUUAAUGCAGUUGUGACAUCUUUGUGGAAAAGUCCUGUUGUAUAAUUUUAUAUGUUUCCAUGUUUCUAUUGAUAUAUAUAUUUUUUAAUUAUUUA